CCCCUCCUGAGGGGCGGUCCAGAAAGGGCGUGGUGCGGAACGCGGGCUACUGGAAGGAGGGUCACGAGGGAAAGCGGCCGCGGAGGGAGGAUGCCAGGCUCGGGGCGGACUCUGGGCUCAGCAGGGCCUCCGGGGCCGCGGGAGCUGCGCGCUGGCCGGCUCGUCCCGGCGACUGAGGGGACCCGACGCCUCCCCGCCGGGCGCGCCCUCCGCCCCGGGCCGCAGAGAUGGCACAUCCGGAGGUAGUCACACGUAGCUGCAGCUUCCACGAAGGGGAAAACGGCUGCACUUGUCAGCAGCGUGCGUCUCCGUCUGCGGAGCUUCUAUUAGAAGACCAGAUGAGGCGAAAACUCAAAUUUUUUUUCAUGAAUCCCUGUGAGAAGUUCUGGGCGCGAGGCAGAAAACCGUGGAAACUUGCCAUACAAAUCCUAAAAAUCGCAAUGGUGACUAUACAGCUGGUCUUUUUUGGGCUAAGUAACCAGAUGGUGGUAGCUUUCAAGGAGGAGAACACUGUAGCAUUCAAACACCUCUUCCUGAAAGGAUAUACAGACCGAAUGGAGGACACAUAUGCAGUGUACACACAGCGCGAUGUAUACGAUCAGAUCGUCUUCGCCGUGAACCAGUACUUGCGGCUGCGCAACAUCUCAGUUGGGAAUCACGCAUACGAGAGCCACGGUUUGGAGCCGUCUGCCAUGGCGGUCUGUCAGAACUUCUACAGGCGAGCAACCAUAUGUCCUGGGAAUGACACCUUUGACAUUGAUCCAGAAAUCGAGACAGAGUGUUUCUUUAUAGAGCCUGGAGAGCCUUUUCAUAUUGGAACACCAGAGGACAAUAAACUCAACCUAACACUGGACUUCCACAGGCUCCUAACAGUGGAGCUGCAGUUUAAGCUGAAGGCUAUUAAUCUGCAGACAGUUCGUCAUCAGGAGCUCCCUGACUGUUAUGACUUCACUCUGACUAUAACAUUUGACAAUAAGGCCCAUAGUGGAAGAAUUAAAAUAAGCUUAGAUAAUGACAUUUCCAUCAGGGAAUGUAAAGACUGGCAUGUAUCUGGAUCAAUUCAGAAGAACACUCAUUACAUGAUGAUCUUUGAUGCCUUUGUCAUCCUGACCUGCUUGGCUUCGUUGAUCCUCUGCGCCAGAUCUGUGAUUACAGGACUUCAGCUUCAGCAGGAAUUUGUCAAUUUUUUCCUCCUCCAUUAUAAGAAAGUAGUUUCUGUUUCUGACCAAAUGGAAUUUGUCAAUGGAUGGUACAUUAUGAUUAUUGUGAGUGACAUACUGACAAUCACUGGAUCAAUUCUGAAAAUGGAGAUCCAAGCUAAGAGUCUAACAAGUUAUGAUGUCUGCAGCAUAUUUCUUGGGACUUCUACCAUGCUGGUGUGGCUUGGAGUCAUCCGAUACCUCGGUUUCUUUGAGAAGUAUAAUCUCCUUAUUCUGACGCUUCAGGCAGCACUGCCCAAUGUUAUGAGGUUCUGCUGCUGCGCAGCUAUGAUUUAUUUGGGCUAUUGCUUCUGUGGAUGGAUUGUGCUGGGGCCUUACCAUGAUAAGUUCCGUUCUCUGAACAGGGUCUCUGAGUGCCUUUUCUCUCUGAUCAAUGGAGAUGAUAUGUUUGCCACAUUUGCAAAGAUGCAGCAAAAAAGUUACUUGGUCUGGCUGUUUAGCAGGAUUUACCUCUACUCAUUCAUCAGCCUCUUUAUAUAUAUGAUUUUAAGUCUUUUCAUUGCACUGAUCACUGAUACAUAUGAAACAAUUAAGCAUUACCAACAAGAUGGCUUCCCAGAGACUGAACUUCGGACAUUCAUAUCAGAGUGCAAGGAUCUGCCCAACUCUGGAAAAUACAGACUAGAAGAUGAACCUCCAGUGUCUCUAUUCUGCUGCUGUAAAAAGUAGCUCUCAGGUUUCCUGCUCUAGAGGAAAACAUAACGUGUAGCUGAGUUGGGAGAUUAUAUGGAUAUUAUUAGAUGAAGUAUAAUAUAUUUGAAGGCUAUUAUUUUGAGCUAAUUAGUAGCUAUAAUUCACCAAGAGCUAUGUUUAUAUUUUUAAAAAGCAAUAUUUCAUGUCUUUGCUUCUUUUUACUGUUUGUCUUAAAAAAAGUAACUAAUGUGAAUGAGGGAAAAUAUUAGAUUAUUGUUCCUCCCUGUUUAUGACACCUUAGCCUUAGAAUGUGUUCCCACUGCCCUCCUUAGUUCAUGUUCUCUUGCUUCCAGCUGCUCUGGGUGGAUUGUGGCAUCAGUGCAUCAGUGGAAAAGAAUCCCUGCUCUGACAAUGACUUUGGACCACUUGGUGACAUUGGCCUGAAUCACUCCCACGUGCCCAUCCAGGAGAUGGUGGAGUGGGAGUGGUUAAUAUGUGUAUCCAGUAAUCACUGCAUUUUAAAAUCUUUUCUUAAAGAGCAGGAUAGAAAAAAUGAUCAUCACCAGCUAACAGUGCAAUCUUUGGUUCUGUAGGACGACUGUUACUUGAUUCUGCUUUUACUUCUGGAGAGGAUUGGAUUUUUAAGUAUUCGUUUAUGUUUCCUCCCCAUCAAUGAUAAAUGAAAUACAAAAUUGAAAGAGCAGACUCUGCCUGUUUGAAAAUGAAAGCACAUAUCAACACAUAUCCAAUUCAACAAUGAUUAUUGAAUUAGCACUUUUGCAGCUUUGUGAAAGCCUAAGGGGGGGAGACUGGGCCUUUCAUUGGCACACUUGGCCUCAUAGUGAAGCAUCUUGGGUCAGGAGCUGUGGUUUCCUGGGGUGAGGAUCUGUAACUCACAAUAAAGAUAUUUUGAGGAAUCAUUAUACUCAAAAUUAUUAAAUGAAAAAUGUAUGUUUUAAAGAGGGAGGAAAGUAGGGAGCAAGCAUUCAGCCUAGCAGUUAAGAUGCCUGUAUCCCACCUCAAAAGUGCCUAGGUUUGAUUCCUGGACCUCCUCCUGACUCCAGCUUCCUGCCACAGACCCUGGGAGGCAGUGGUGAUGGCUCAAGUAAUUGGAUUCCUGCCUCCCACAAGGAAGAUCUGGGUUGUGUCCCUGCCUCCUGAUGCCUGGCCCAGCUCUGGCCAUUGUGGACACUAGGGGAGUGAGUCAGCACACAGGAACACUCUCUCAAAUAAUAAUAAUUUUUAAAAAGACAAAAAUAGUGUGUACUCUUUAUAGACUGCUGAUUGGUAAUCACAGGGAUUUUUACAACAUGAAUAUUAGUUUUGUACAAUAUUUAUUUAAAUGGAAAUAACUCAUUGAUUGCAAUAAAAGUUUUCUCAAAGCAAAUUUAUUUUUUAGAAGAAACUAGUUUUAAAUUUGUUUUGUGUCAAGAGCUUAAUGAAUGUAGCAUUUGGACACUGAAAUCUUAGUAUUUAAUCAAUGUUAACCAUAAUACUCUAGAUUUGGAAAAGUGAGCGCUUGCAUUAGGUCUAUAUUAUUUUUGUAGUACCUGUGACUUUUAAAGAAUGAAAAAUCUAAACCUCCAAGUGAGUUUUUGGUGGCAGGGUGGGUAUAGGGGAGCACUUGGCUCUAAUAUUGUUAACACAAUUAUUUUUGGAAUUAUUAGGAUGCAGUGUGAAAUUCUAAAUCAUAUUCAUUGUCUGAUAAAUCCUUUCCUUUAACUCCUUGUGAGAUUUUUAGAGAAAUAAUAAGACUUUCAGGGAAACAUGAAACCACUGACCCAGGAUUGGGGCUGGAGUGUGGCUUUGCUCUCAAGUUAUUCUGGUUCUUCUCUGAAAUUACAGCAGGUGACUUGGUGCCCUCAUGUCAUUCUCUGAUUCUCCAAGCUUUCUUAGGGGAGCAGUAGUCCCUGAUAUUCCAAGGCCCAACUUUUAGUUAUUCCAACCACAAGAGAAUAGCUCUACUGUUUCCUGACUAACUUUUUAUAACUUCCCAAACAAGAACUCUGGCUUGAUCUGAGUAGACAGAUAUAUGAUAUGCCAAUCAUUUUAGAGUUCUGUUGAUAUGUAUCUACUUGACAUAGAGAAUGGCAAGGUAGUACUAAGAAGGAACAGAGAACAGAAGUCAUUUCUUCUUGUAGGCUUCUGUUCUCUCUGGCCCAGGGGAUCAGAACUGGAUUUUUGUUGGUGAUACCUGUUUUUGGAGGUCAGGAUCUCUGUCCCUUUCCCCCCAUGGCCCAUAAUGAUUCUCAAGCAUGUGGGCAUAAGAUUCACCAGCGACCUUACUGAAGUCACGGAUGCCAACGUAACCCCAGCAGAGAUUCUCAUUUGUCAAGUCACAAGGAGAGGUCAGCAAGCUGCAGUUUUAGCUUGCACACAAUGAUUGUUAUCCGAGUGGUUGGUGGUAGCCUCAUGGCCAGAGAUGGACCAGGAAUAGAUAAAUUUUUCUGUGGGAAUAAAUAAUAAACUGUCUGAAAGGCUUGGGAAUCAGACUGGUCUUUUUUU